GCCGGCCUCCUAAAACGAACAUGUAAAGAAGUUGAGGAGGAGCAGGAAGAAGCAGGAAAGAGACGAACACAUCGGUACCUUCACAAUGACCAAGAGAUUAGGAAAGGUAAGAAUUUCUCUUAUAUUUGAGUUUAUUCUUUUAUGGGAAUGAUUUAAUAAGUUAUUUUGGACUCUUGUGGAUAGAUUUAUCGCGAUAGACUGGGAAAAAUAUCGAGUUUGGCGUCUGUUUGUACAAAAUGAAAGCAUAAUGACGUCCCACUGACGGUUAGUAGUUAGUGAGUUUGAGCUGUCAGGGAGGCGUGAUUCAGCACUUUUAUUACACUGGUCCAGACCGAAAUAAGUCUUUAAAUAUGUAUAUUUUAUAAACAAUUUGUGAGGUUGGAGAAACACCUCUGUAAUAACGACAUUAUCAGCUGUUUAUUAACGGCGUGAAAGCGAAAACAGACGCGGUUUGGGGCUGGGGCGUGACGUCACACAGCCACUUGGCGAUUAAUCGGUCAGUUGAUCGAAAGUUCUGGACUCCAAACUGAUCGAUACGGUCACAGAUAGGUUUCCGUUUGUUUUAAGAGAGCCCGUGGGGUCAAGAGGAGGGGGUUAAAUCAGACAAAAGGGGCGUUAAGGGCCUCCAUUUUGGUUCUGUUUGUUCACGGCUUCCUCUCUUUUCUGCUGGUUGAUUUAUUCGAGUUGAAACAGACUGAGGGGGAACACAAAUGUGAUAAUUAAAGGGAAGAAAAUUGACUUAUCUAAAAGACCCAAACUUAGGAUUUUUACAAUGACUUCCUUUAAGUCAGGGGAUAGGGGAGAGUGGGGUAAGUUGAGCCACCCCCUGUUGCUUGGAAAUGGUAAAAGAAAUUAAACAUGUGACCAAAUAUUUAGUAGAUGAGCAUCAAUUAAUGGAGUCUGUGAAGGUUAGAAGCACAUGGGUGAAGGGGUUAGACAUUUAUUUAUAAAAAAAAAAAAAAAAAAACAUUUUUCACUCUUGAAAGUGAGUUCAGUCUGUGAUAAGUUUGAUUAGAAUUGUGUCCAAACGUAAAAAGAUCAUUUAAAAUUUGUUUUUUAUACAUCAAUUAUAAAAGUCCACCAUUUUAGCUUAGAGGACUAAUAAAGUCAUAAUAGUAGUUCUGGGGUAACUGAGAAAGUAAAGGAGUCUGAUGAGAGGUUUCAGUUUCAGUUCAGAUUGUUGAAAUGUUUUUACUUUUUCUUUUCAAAAAUACAGCUGUGAAUAUUCUGAAUCAUUUAAAGGCAUUUUCAUGUUAAAAUGACUUUUUACAAAAUAGCUUUUUAGCAGUUAUAUGCAAUAAUAAUAAUAAUAAAAAUAAUUAUUGUACCAGUUGAAUAGUGUACAAUAGAUAAAAAUACACAUGAAUGUGAAGAAGUGACUGUUAUUUAGAGAAGGUGAGGGAGGGCUGGGGUGGAGAGUGGGGGGUAGUAGGGACACGGCUCAACUUACCCCGCUCCUAUGGUCAACUUACCCCAUACACGGGGUAAGUUGACCAAAGGAGACCACUUUUUUUGGCAUGCUAUAUUAUCAAGACAGUUCUGUUUACACUCAUUCUGUUGGUUUGCAAGGAUGCACAACAUCUUGAAAUAUCUGCAGAUACACUAGUUAGAGACAGAACUAUGAUUGCCGUAAAGUAGUGAUCAGAAAUAUGAAAAAUGGCUCAUCCUACCCCACUCCCCCCUAUAGCCAAUGUUCAAAACUCAGGUGGUCUGGAUUGUCCUGGAGAGGUCUGCCCCCUGUUCCCAAAAUGAGAAUCAAACAUGAAGAGAUGACGUCUACUUUUAGAAUAGAAUAUUCCUUUAUUGAUCCCCCAUGGGGGAUUUUUUUUUUGUCACAGCAGCAUCAUAGACAAAGAGUGCAAAAAUGCAGUCAUAAAAAUAAAGAACUUAAAUAAAUGUAAUAAUUAAGAAAAAAAUUAGGAAAAGGAAACAGGGAGAAGAAAAAUAAAACUAUAUACAAUAUACACAAUUUAAAUACCAGAAAAAAGUGGUGGUGUGAGUCCAGUUUUAUUACAGUUUGUUGUAAAGUCUUAUUGCAGAAGGAAGGAAUGACCUGCGGUAGUGCUCCGCCUUGCAAGGAAUGCUUUUUAUGCUCCUUAUACCUGGAUAAACUAGAAGAUUGCCUGUCCAUAUAAACUCACAAUGGUGUCUGAUCCGCAGCUUCUAAUUCAGCUGUUGUUAUCUGUGAGAUCUGGACCACAUUGUUCUGAGGACUCAACACAUUUCUCUUAAACAGUUACAGACUUGAAACGUAAGAAGAUUUCACCUUUAUUAAACACCCUUUAACCACACUAGACCAGGUCCAAAUCCAGAAACACUAAAUCUAGACUCAUAAAAUCCAGAUUAGAUUAUGUUAGAGAGUCGUCACAGGUUCAAGUUUUUACUCUGGUGAAAAAACACAAACAGUUUUCAUUCCUGCUUUGUAAUCACCCUAACUUGUUGCUCUUUUCCUUAGUCAUGUAAUUUGCCAUUGCUGGAUUUAUGAGAGCAUCUAAAUCCUAACCUCAUUGACUCACUGACAGUGAUUUAAUGUCUUACAGGCUGCCCACACAGUCUCACAGUCUCAAACGUCAAAUCUGACACACUUUUUAUUUUUAGUUUGGACUUGUUCUUCGGCUUCUCUGAGUCAUGAACUUCCCGAGUCACAGCUUCAGCAAAGCGUCCGGUUAUGUCACAUCUCUCUGAAUUCCCCUGAUAAUCCAGUUCCACUGGUCAGUCAGAUAAAUGAGAGUUUCUGUGAGACUGGGUUUACUGCCUGUUUUUGAAACAAGAACUAACUCACUUAUUCUUCUGCAAUUGAGGAGAAAACCUGCGUAAUGGCCAGAAAUGAAACUUGGUGAAGUCCAUCACUGAAGCUUGAUUGUCAGAAUAUAAAUUCACUUUCUUAAUUUUACUUUCAGUUUUGAGUUUAUUCCAGUUUAGUUUCAAAGAGAAGUAUUUAAUGUCAAACCUUAACUAUUUUGGAUUUUAAUACAGUCUUUUUUUUUUUCUUUUUGAUCAAGGUUUUUUAAUUUAGUUUAACAAAUUAUAGUUUACAAUUUAACAAAAGUCCAACAGUACAGGACUGUAAAUCCUGUCCACCCCCACGAAUACCAGACUUACAGAAUUCACAUCGCCAGACUAAAAAAAAAAGGAAAUAUGAUAAUAAUAAUAAUGAUGAUGACUGAGGACAACAGCAGGGGUUUACAGAACUAUAUUGUAGGGCCCGACUGAUAUGGAUUUUUUGGGGACGAUGCCAAUACUGAUUAUUAGUCAGAAAAAAAAUCAGAUUACUGAUUAAUCACUUUUCACAGUGAAGCAUGAAACAAUUAUGAUAGUUUGUUUUUCUCCAUGUAACACUAUGAGGCUGUUGUAUUGUUUAUAACUCUAACUAAAACAGAGCAGACAGGAUCUGAAUCACAGAGGAGGAAGAGACUCAAUCAUCUUCUUCCUCUUUCCAGAUUUGAUUCCUCCUCCUGCUGAAACAAAACGUACCGACAUAUGAAUCUGUUUCAAUCGAGAGCUUUGUCUUAGAUUCCUCUUUCCACACAGAGUAGCUCAUUAUUCUUUUAUACAGUGUGGGCUCUGAUGACGAGGAUAUAGUCCAAGCUCAGAAGCGUCAUUAAAGUCGGCUCUAGGUUGUAAAUGUUUUAUUGAUAUAUGUUGUAUAUAUUUCAGGAGCUGGAGGAGAUCCGCAAAAAUGGGUUGAAGUGUUUCCGCAGCAUCCAAGUGGAUGAAACCAACAUCACACACUGGCAAGGCCUCAUUCUCCCCGUAAGUGUUGAAAUCCUGCCGAGCUGUCGUCGCUCUGAAUGUUGCCGGACGACUCAUGCUUGUUUUUUUUUUGUCUUCAAGGAUUGCUAUCCAUAUGACAAAGGAGCGUUUCGGAUCGAGAUCAAUUUCCCCACGGAGUACCCCUUCAAACCACCCAAGAUCAACUUCAAGACUAAAAUCUAUCACCCCAACAUUGACGAGAAGGGCCAGGUGUGUCUGCCCAUGAUCAGCGUGGAGAACUGGAAACCUGCCACGAAAACCUACCAAGGUGAGGAUGAGGAUUCGUGAUGGAGAGCAGCUCCGACAGGAUCAUGUUUGGCUGUUGCUUUUUCAGCUCCUCUGUCAAAGUUUUUUCACUUUUCUGGAUAUCAGCUUGUUUUCAGACAUGAACAAAAUUAACCCAGAGCUCCUAAAGUGUCUGACAGGCAGAUAAAAACUGAGCAAAUAAUCUGAAAACUUGACAGUUGGUUCAAGGAUAUAGCAGGAAAAUCUUGUUAUUCUUGCGUCUCAUUGGCCCACAUUUAACAAGCUUUCGUACGGCAGAAAACUUGCGUACACUUUGCGUACGAAAGUUUUGAUAUGAGGAUCGGCAUUUAUCUGCAUGUGAGCGUACGCUACAAUCAAAUCUCACGACAGGUCUGACAUUGUGUACGCAAGUUUGAGUCAGUGUAGAUCUGCGGUGCAGCAAAUGUCUGUCUCAAAAUAAUUGAUAUACAAACCUCAAACCUGUCCUUAAGCACAAUCAGCCAGAUUUUAUUGAAGAUUAUUUGAUAAUUCUGCCCAGAAACACUGCCACAGAGCAGGAGCGCUGUUUUAACAUUACACACAGGCGCCACUGUGGAGCGCUGCGUUUGACUCCUAAAAGGCAAGUGUCUCUGUCUUGGUCCAGCAGUGGGGACGUUGUUGUACACUACAGAAAGGGUGUGGGACAUCAUUUGGGCCAGUAUAGUUUUGCACAAUGUUGCACUGGUGAAUGGAGUGCCGUUGGCUGUGCCAGUGCAACGUGAGGACCCGGGUGCUGUACAGAGGAGACAGGACCUUAUCGAUGGAUUCUGACAUGUAAAGUAUAAGUUUAGAAAGUGCUCUUGAUAUUUAAUCAGUGAUAAAAUCCAAUAGAAAUCCAUCAAAAUGUUCCUCAGGAGCAGCAGCACACCGUUUGGUGACGUUAAUAAUUAUUUUUGUUCAGCCUCUGUCAGACUCUCCAGUCUGCUCUACAUUACAAAGACGCAACAAAUUCAAACUAAAUACUUUCCGUAAAAGGAGCAACGAAUCUUUCUAAUAUUUCUCUUCUUUCAUGUUUGACCCCAGUGGGCGAGGCUUCUGAACCACGAAUAUUUAAGAGCGUGACAUGAUAAUGACGAUCGAUUUCAGUCGCCGCAUUUAUCAAGACCCGAUCAUACUUACGCUGGGAUUGGUCAGAUACGAACCCUUUCAUAAAUCUCACGUGUGUCCUAUCGUACUAUGAAUCCUGCGCUCAGUUCCAUCCAAGAUUGAUAAGUGAGGGCCAUUGUGGUUUAACCUUUAGUGCAUUUUUUACAGUUUUUUUAAGCCUUUUUGCUCUCAAUACAUCUUAAAGAGACUUAAGAUCAGCUUGUUGCAGUCUUCAAUCUCACCACUAGGUGAUGCUAAAACUUGCAUGUUCUUCUCCACUCAAACAAAAUGGAAGACAUGUUUUUCUCACAGCUGUUUCUGAUCCCUGUACUCAUCUCUCUUUUUGCUCUAACUCUGAAUUGUGUGUCUGUGUUCCUGUUCUUCCUUCUGCAGUGAUUCAGACUCUGGUCGGCCUGGUGAACAGCCCCGAGCCGGAGCAUCCGCUGAGGGCCGACCUGGCGGAGGAGUACACUAAAGACCGUGCCAAGUUCAUGAAAAACGCAGAGGAGUUCACGAGGAAACACAGCGAAAAGCGACCCACCGACUGACGACACAACCGGCUGACGCUCACGGCUGUUUGUUUUUUCUCUGUUUCUGUUUAAAGAGCCUGCUCUGACUCUGUUCUUACUCCAAACACACAGACACACACACAGACACAGACAUGCCCCUGUUCCUCUCAUAUCAGCAGCGUUACAGCCCUCUCCACCCACCCCCUUUAGAAGCUUUGUUUCUCUUUCACUUUGCCAAAACAGAAAGAAAAAGCAGGACUUUUUAGUGAAAGUGCAGGCUCUACCCUUUAGCUGUCAUCUUUGGUUGUUUUGACUUCUUUCUACUGAUUUCUUUUUAGAAAAUUCAGAAAAUUAUCCGAGGUGUCGGCAUCCAGGAGAGGAAAAAGUGCUGUUCUGCUCUGUUCUAUGUUGAAUGUUGUCUCUGAUCAGUCAUUCGCUUAUGCAGACCUGUUUACACAUUUUCUCAUGUCUGAACUCUGCAGCAUCUAACGCUGUAUCGACCGACUGCCUCCUUUGGCUUUCAUAGACACACUGGUGAGAUCAGCUGACACAGAACAUCCAGUUAAAACGUUACUGAGAAGGAAACUAAAGUGUAAAAAUUGCAACACAAUCCAUUCGCUUUAAACAGAUUUUUUUUUUGUAUUUGAGAUCUUUGAGUGAAUAUUUUAGGGUUAACGUUCUUCCUCUUCCUCCUCUGCUGUCCUCUCAGGAAAGCAGCUUUAUGUUUAUUUGUUUAUGCAGAUGGGAAAUCAGAUGUGUUUCAUUUUGGAAAAAAACUACUGAGACUCUAAAGUCUUAAAAGCACUUCACAAGCUCGUUUCCUUACUUUGAAUUGAUCUGUCCUACCAUCUCUAACACAAAGUCCUUUUUGCGGUGAAUAAGCAGCAACCUCAGCUUUAAUCUUUUAACACACACAUGGUUGCUUGGCUUUAUUUGACUGCCGUAGUCUUACACUUUGUUAAAACUAUUUUUUUAUACUAAGAAUUAGAAAAGGAAAACGCUCUGAUUGGUUCUAGUUUGUUUUCAGUCUGUAAUGAAGUCUCUGCUCCCUUUGGCUCUCUUUUCCUUCAGUCACCUUCAUGGUAGACAGUUUUAUCCUGAUAGUCGACAUCUGACUCUUCUCCAGUAAUGUUCUUGUAAUGUACGGCAAUAUAUCUGACUGUAGUUGGUGAUGGACGGAUGGAUGAUCAUUAAUGAAUAAAGGUUGGAGAUGGAUGCUUAAACAAAC